UUCCGUUAAAUAAUAAGAUAUAUUCAUCAGACUAAACGCCCAAAACCAACCUAUACUAUACAUAGAUAUAAUAUAUAUAUAUAUAUAUAUGUAUUUCACUCAAAUUAUAUCCUAAUGUUUUCUCAAAUAUAAAAAAAUAUUCCCCGAUUCCUCCGGCGUAGCACCACCCCUUCUCUCCCUCUCUCAUCAUCAUGAUAUGAUAUGAUAUGAUUAUUUUUUUAUUUUAAUUUUUUUUUUGGUAUGACCCAAUCCAACAAUUAAAAUCCAAAUAAAAAUCAAAUGCAUCCAUUUUGCUGCAUCUCCACCGUAUCGGAGCGGAACACCGCCCCUCCGCAUUCGCCGUUGGCCGAGCUCCUCAUCAUGACGCCGCCGCAACCACAACCUCAACCUCCUAUUCCUCCGCCGUCCCGCUCUCAUUCCGCCACCCAUCGCCACCACACCAACAACCUCCACUGUAACGGCAAUAGCGACGAUCACGGCCGCCUAGCUCUCCGAUCGCUCUCGGCGUCCUUGGAAUCGCUUUCUCGAUUUCCGUCUCUUCGUGAGGUGAGGAUCAACGACAUCGUCGGCAAUGGAAUCUCCGGCGUUCUUUAUAAGUGGGUCAACUAUGGCAAGGGUUGGCGACCGAGGUGGUUUGUUCUUCAAGACGGUGUUCUUUCGUAUUAUAAGAUCCACGGUCCUGAUAAGAUCUUGAUUAAUCAGGAAACAGAGAAAGGUUCCAAGAUCAUCGGAGAUGAGUCGUUCCGCCGGAUCAGCCGAUCCAGAAGUAGCCACUCGCCGACUCUCCGACACCGCAAACCGUUCGGUGAAAUCCAUCUCAAGGUUUCAUCCAUCCGAGAGAGUCGAUCGGAUGACAAGAGGUUUUCGAUAUAUACGGGAACAAAGAGAUUGCACUUGAGGGCGGAUACCAGGGAGGAUCGGAUGGCAUGGAUGGAGGCAUUGCAGGCAGUGAAGGACUUGUUCCCUCGGAUGUCGAACAGCGAGCUCAUGGCUCAGGUGGACAAUGUGGUUGUUUCCACAGACAAGUUGAGACAGAGGUUGUUGGAGGAGGGCGUGAAGGAAACUGCAAUCCAGGACAGUGAGCAGAUCAUGAAGAGCGAGUUAUCCGAAUUGCAUAACCAUCUUUUGCUUCUUAAGCAUAAACAGCUUUUGCUAAUUGACACAAUGAGGCAGUUGGAGACAGAAAAGGUUGAUUUAGAGAACACAGUUGUUGAUGAAAGCCAAAGACAGGCAAAGGAUCAAGAGGCUUCCUCUAGACUACAAUACAGUGAGGGAAGCCGAAGUGAUUCCGAUGAUGACAAUGAUAGACAUUAUGAUGCUGUGGGGGAAGAAACAGAUGACGAGGAUAAUGCGUUUUUUGAUACUCAGGAUUUUCUCUCAUCAAGUUCUAUUAAAAGCAAUGGAUCUGAUAUGCGGUUAUCAUCGUUUGAUUCUGAGGAUGAAGCAUCUCUUGACUCUGAUGAUGGUAUUGAUCCUUGCAUUAGAUCUGUUGGAACUAACUAUCCUCAUGUUAGGCGGCGUAAGAAAUUGCCUGAUCCAAUUGAAAAGGAGACUGGAGUUAGUCUCUGGUCAAUGAUCAAAGAUAACAUUGGGAAGGAUCUCAACAAAGUUUGUCUUCCAGUAUAUUUUAAUGAGCCCCUAUCAUCUUUACAGAAAUGUUAUGAAGAUCUUGAAUACUCAUACCUUCUUGACCGAGCAUAUGAAUGGGGUAAAAUGGGUAAUAGCCUUAUGAGGAUCCUUAAUAUAGCAGCAUUUGCUGUGUCAGGAUAUUCUUCUACAGAGGGAAGAAAUUGCAAGCCAUUUAAUCCAUUAUUGGGGGAGACAUAUGAAGCUGAUUAUCCAGAUAAGGGCCUCCGUUUUAUCUCAGAGAAGGUUAGUCAUCACCCCAUGAUUGUUGCAUGCCAUUGUGAGGGACGCGGUUGGAAAUUUUGGGGAGACAGUAAUCUAAAGAGUAAAUUUUGGGGUCGUUCAAUUCAGCUUGAUCCUGUUGGUGUUCUCACCUUGGAGUUUGAUGAUGGAGAAGUUUUUCAAUGGAGUAAGGUAACAACAUCGAUCUACAACCUUAUUUUGGGAAAGCUCUAUUGCGAUCAUUAUGGUACGAUGCGUAUACAGGGAAAUCAUGACUACUCUUGUAAGCUAAAAUUUAAGGAGCAGUCAAUCAUUGAUCGAAAUCCUCACCAGGUACAAGGCGUCGUGCAAGAUAAGAAUGGCAAAACAGUGGCAUCAUUAGUUGGUAAGUGGGAUGAGAGCCUGCAUUAUUUUAAUGGAGACUGUUCUGGGAGAGGAAAAGGAUUAGAUAUGUCAAGCGCGUGUUUGCUUUGGAAACGCAGCAAGCCCUCCAAAUUUCCAACCAGAUAUAACUUAACACACUUCGCCAUCAACCUAAAUGAGAUCACUCCCAGACUAAAGGAAAAGCUGCCACCAACAGAUUCACGACUCAGACCUGACCAGAGAUGUCUAGAGAAUGGAGAAUAUGAAAUGGCUAAUUCAGAGAAGCUGCGGCUGGAACAGAGGCAGCGUCAGUCACGAAAGAUGCAAGAAAGUGGGUGGAAGCCUAGGUGGUUUGCGAAGCAGGCAGGUAGUGAUACAUACUGCUAUGUUGGAGGAUAUUGGGAGGCCAGGCAAGAAGGGAAGUGGGAAUCGUGUCCUGAUAUUUUUGGCCAAGUGCUUAAUGAUACAGAAUUUUGACUCGUUUAAAAUACCCAUUUCAAUACCCUGAUUUUUUCUCCAUUAUUCCAUUUACUGCAUACAUGGUGGCAGAGGUUUCGUGCACUGUAUUGCACUUCAAUUUUUUUUUUUUUUUUUUUUUUUUUUUCUUCUUCUUCUAUUAAAGAUAUAGGAAAGUUUGGAUGUCAUGCUCGCCAUUUUGAGCAGAUGAAAGGCUGAAGCAUGAAAAUUCAUGCAGAUGAUAUCGUUGGUGAUUAAUAAGAAUUUACUCUCUCUCUCUC